CGACGAAAGCAGUAAACAAAAUUAAAGUGAACAGUUAGUGCAGAAAAUACAUACACCAGUAAUUAAGACGCGGAAAAACUAAAUAAUCACAAUACUAUUUUCCAAAAAUAUCACUCAGCUAGGAGGACAUGGAAACCAAAAUGACUGAUCCGGAGGCAAAUCAAAAAUUAUUGCUAAAAGCGGUAAAGAAAGCAUACAAAGCACAGAAAUUGCUAAAUGAAGCAAUCAAGCGAUUGGAGGCUUCGAGCGAAAAGCAGAAGAAGAAGCACAAGGAGCCGAAGGAUAGUGAUAAUAGUAGCUCUAGCUUCAGUUCGAGUUCUAGCUCAAGUUCUAGUGACACUGAUUACGAAACAUUUAUCGAUUUGAUGAACGAAGUGGGCAAACCGUCCAAGCGUCACCAUGGACGUAAACACCAUCAUGGACGACGUAAUCGUCAUGGACGUGAUCGUUCGCGCUCCCGUUCGCAUUCUCGCGGAAGAUCUCGUGAUCACUCACGCGGUCAUUCUCGUGGAUGUUCUCGCGGACAAUCACGUGGUCAUUCCAAGACGCGUGAUCAAGAGUUGCGUCAACUGUCGAAAUGUUUUCGUGCCGCCAGCCUCCAAGCAGCUCCCUCUAUUCCGCAUGGUCGUCACCAGCAACACCACCGGCACUUGCGAUCACAUACUAGACCCGAAGUAGCUGGUAGAGCAAACAGAGGAUCUCGAUCUAAUUCACACGAAGGUCACAAAAAAUGCGAAGAUAGCAACAAGGCGAAAGGAUAA